AUGAGGACUGCCCUGGUCUUCGCCUGUCUGGUGGGGAUGGCGUGUGCCUUCUCGGUCAAGAGCUGGCUGCGGCGAGCCAAGUCAGAUGACUUGGAAGAAAAUGGGGUGUUCAAGAACAGGCACCGGUAUUACCUGUACAGAUACGCCUACGUGCAUCCCCCGCAGCGACAGUACCAGGGCAGUGACUCAUCGGAGGAAGAGGGGGACGGCUCGGAGGAGGAAGGGGGGGAGCCAUCCCAUGCUGGCACUGAGGCAGCUGGCCACCCCGCUGGAGCAGCCCCUGGGGACAGCCAGGACGGGCUGGAAGGAGACGUCGCAUCCCCCCAGCAGGGCAAGGGCUGCCAAGGGCCCCUGAAGGGGGGCAGGAACAGCGCUGCCGGCAAGGGGGGUGACUCUGAAAAUGAAGACAGCGAUGAGAAUGAGGAGGAGGAGGAGGAGGAGGAGGAGGAGGAGGAGGAGGAGGAGGAGGAGGAAGAAGAGGAGGAGGAAGAAGAGGAAGAGGAAGAGGAGGAGGAAACUGAAGCCACCAAAGCCACCACCAUCACCAGCACCACCGGUGAAGAGGGGCUGUCCCAGGCAACCACCACGGGAGAUGGGGGACCCACAGACGCCACCACAGCUGGGGAGCAGUGGGAGUAUGAGGUGACGGCCAGGGGACGCAGCCGGGGGGACGAGGGCACCACCGAAGGCAGCUAUGGGGAGCAGGAUGAGUACGCCCGUGGGGACAGCUACCAGGCCUAUGAGGAUGAGUACGGCUACUACAAGGGGCACGGCUACGACGUAUAUGGCCAGGAUUACUACUACAGCCAGUGA